GUACUGCGAUGAGCAUCCGUGAGUGUAACAGCGGUGCAUUGUGGGAGCCGCUGAUUGGUGCAUUUCCGCUGCCAUUGUGCGCGAGAACGGUAAACAACACUGAAGCUGAGCUCUAAAUAUCAUUAUAAAACAUCACUUGAACAAAGUGUGUCAGUAUGGCCCGUACUAAGCAGACCGCUCGUAAGUCCACUGGAGGAAAAGCCCCCCGUAAGCAGCUGGCGACUAAAGCCGCUCGUAAGAGUGCGCCCUCCACCGGAGGAGUCAAGAAGCCCCAUCGCUACAGGCCCGGUACUGUGGCCCUGCGUGAGAUCCGUCGGUACCAGAAGUCCACUGAGCUGUUGAUCCGAAAGCUUCCGUUCCAGCGUCUGGUGCGUGAGAUCGCACAGGACUUUAAAACCGACCUGCGCUUCCAGAGCGCCGCCAUUGGAGCCCUUCAGGAGGCCAGUGAGGCGUAUCUGGUGGGUCUGUUUGAAGACACUAACCUGUGCGCCAUCCACGCCAAACGUGUCACCAUCAUGCCCAAAGACAUCCAGCUGGCACGCCGCAUCCGCGGAGAACGUGCUUAAUCUUCUGUCUUCUCUCUCUCACUCUGUCUCCCUGUGUGUUUUGGUAGUUUUUAGAGUAACAGUAAUGGUGGGGUGGGGGGUGAUGUAUGUGUCUCUCAAUUUGGUUUUAUUUUUGGCCGCAGACUAUUAGGGUACUUCCUGUUAUCAUGUACCAGACCGUGCCUGAUCAGCAGCAAACACACACACACACACACACACACACACGCACGUGUAUGUGCAGAUUGAGAAGUGUGUGUGUAUGUUUCCGGGUCUUGUUCCAUCUGUUAGGCCCAAUGGACUACAGAGGGGUCAGAGGUCAGGGCUGAUGUCUGCGUUUAGGGGCUUUAAGGUCUCUUGUGCAGGGUGCUAGAGCAGCCCGACCCGUCCCAGAGUUCUCUGUGCCAUCCUUCCUGAAACGAACCUGACCAUUGGCGUCCUGGUGAACGUGUGUUUGUGGCUGUUGAUCAGAAAGGUGAUUUGUAUUCACGUCUGAACAUAUCUCCAACAAACGUUUGUUAUUUCAUUAAGAAUUACUUUUAAUAAUUAUUGAUGUUUUUUUUUUUUUUCUUUUUUAUGCAUUCAUACAAGCUUGUUUUAUAGAUCUAGAGUGUAUUUUUGAAGAGAAAAUUCAAGAGGUGGAGAGUCCUAUACAUGCAUUUUUACAUCACAAAUCAUUUUCUAGAGGAUAAACUUCAGUUUAAACACUCAAAUGCAUUAAAGGGAUAUUACCCGUAACUCUUUUCCACCUCUCGGUGUAUUCUGAUUGGUUGUAGCAUUUAUAGAUCAGCCAGAAAAGAAUGUGUCCAGUGAAUUGCGUCUUUUGAUUGGGAAAUCUGGUCAAACUGAGAUAUUAACAUUAACAGAAUUAAUAAAUCAGCCUGAUAAUGUUUAGUUUUGCCACAUGGCAGUUUAAUAUUGAGUACCUUUUCUUAGUUAAAAGAACAUGUCUCUUCUAAUUGCUUCCCUUCACUAUGAUGUGAUUUUCUCAGGCAAACAUGGAAACCAUUUUAAUUGAAUCCUGCUCAAUUUGGGUUUUUUAUUUUUUUGGCUUGUUUUUAAUUUUCCUGUAUUCAUAGUUUGACUACAGAACAUUCAGGUGUUUAAUAAGCUGAUCUUUGUAAUUUGAUAUUCUCAUAAUUGCGUAAUAAAUGGAUGUCACACA